GAUCGAUACUCUCGCUCGUGACUCUCGCACAUCACACCGAGCGAGCGAGCGAAGCAGAGCUUAUGGACCAGGGCUUGCGUGCCGUGCGUGCAUUUGUCUUUAUGAAGGAGCGCACGAGCGAGGACCGGGAUCAUCGAAGAGCGAAACGGGAACCACCAAGGAGCGCACGAGCGAGAACGCGGGUCAUCAAAGAGCGAAGGGAAACCAUCAAGGAGCUUCUUUGACGGCAAUCAUCAAAGUUCAUCAAGGAGCUUCUUCGUUGGCAAUCAUCAAGGAUCCAGCUUCUUUGUUGACUCGUCCUCGCAUCGUCUCGCUCGCUGGCUCGCUGGUUCGUCCGCGCAACAAGCGCCCGCACGCAACACACGCACGCACGCUCGCUCGCCAUGCUUCGAGCAGGAGGAGCUGCAAAGGCGGCUACCGCAACAGCAGCAGCAAUCACUUCAUCUCGAAGAGCUAGUCGAACCUCGGGCGGCGAGACGAGCACGGGUGACCACAACGGUCAAGAGGUGGAUAUGGCUGCUUCGACGGAACUUCCGCGCGGUGAUGGAGGCGAGACGGACCCGCUCCUGGAAGCUGCGACGAAUUCAAAGUCGACGGGUGCGCUCUUGUUGGAAGAAUGCGCUACGCAGAGCGUCUAUCCAUUGGUCCACACCAUUCGCUCAGACGUCAGAGCAACCAUCGACUCCCACCUCUCGUGGGAAGAGUUGACAGGCGUCGACUUGAACUUUACCAUUGUGCGACCCCUUGCGCUCAAGUACAGCAGGUACAAGAGCCUCUGCAUUCUCUUCGUAUUGCUCUUGAAUCGCAUAGAAUUUCUUAGGGAAGCAGAUAGGGAUCUGGCCUUUCAGAGCGUCAACUUGACCCGCGCAAGUCUGUGCGAGCUGCUCGCCAUCAAGCUUCUACGCACCUUCUCUCACGAUGGCCUGCAGCUCGUCACCGCCCUCACAGCGCCAUUCUCUCCAUUCGCAGGAGCGCCAUUCGAACCGACUCCAAGCACAAGCACCUCGCCAAGCACAUCCGGAAGCAGCUCGCCUUCUCAGCAGGCGGCGUCGGCAGCGCCUUCGCCUCACACUACACAGACCUCAUCUGCCAUGGAGCUAGCAAUAUACAGCGGUGCAAAGAGAUUCAUCAAAAGUCCCCUUUGUCAACGAUGUAUCGACGGCAUCUGGACCGGCAGAGUGGUGCUCAGCGCACCCGCCAGCCACGCAAUCGUAGACGACUCGUACAAAAAACGACCACUGUCCAUUUAUGAUCCUGCCAAAGCUCCUCUACUGGACCAUUAUCGUCUUCGAGUGCCACUCAUCCGGAGCCGCAUCGAAUUCUGCAAUUUCGUCCUUCUGCUUUGCUUCUUUGUCUUGGCCUUGCAGCAAAAAGGAUCCCAGACAUGGACUGGCUGGGAAACAGUAUUCACCAUCUGGGUCUUUGGAUUCGCGCUCGACGAAGCAGCCCAGCUUCAAGAACACGGGGUCGAGGUGUAUGCGAGCUCAUUGUACAACCUGCUCGACGCAUCCUUCUGCAUCGUCGCCUUCUCUUGGCUGGGUCUCCGAAUCUCGGGGCUGGUCCACUCGGAUGCCCUUAGGUGCGAUCUGUCGUUCGAUUGCUUGGCAGUGGGCGCAAUCUUGCUUUGUCCAAGAGUCGCUUCGUCGCUGGUGCAGGACAAUGUCAUUCUCCUCGCGCUCAAGGCAAUGUUUGCCGAUUUCGCCUUUUUCAUGCUGCUGGCAUCCAUCUGCUUCUCCGGCUUCCUGUACGCCUUUUGGUCGCUUUCGGACAAAUCCGAGUGGACCGUGGGCAGCAUCAUGUGGUUGAUGCUCAAGAUUUGGUUCGGAAGCUCUUAUAUAGGAUUCGAUACGGCCACAGACUUUUCCCCCAUCUUUGGACCGCCGCUCAUGGUCUUUUUCGCAAUCAUGGCCAACACGCUCCUCUUGACCGUCCUCAUUUCGCUCUUGAGCAACACGUUCACCGUCGUCGCAACCAACGCAGCGGAGGAGGCCAUGUUCCAACACGCCUGCAAGACCAUGCUGGGCGUAACGACGGACGCGCUCUUCUCCUACAUUCCACCGCUCAACCUCAUUGGCGUCCUGGUCGUGCUUCCAGCCAGCUACGUCUUAACGCCUCGCUGGCUGCACAAGCUCAAUGUGGCGCUCAUCAGGGCAACGCACUGGCCGAUGCUGCUCCUGAUCAGAGCCACGCAAAAGAGGGGCUUGCGCGAAGGCGUCGAGCUGACAGCUAGCAGAGCUAGUCGAGCAUUUUCGUGGAUGCCGCUUCCAAGAAGUGGCAAGAGCGACAUGGACAUUGUCGAUGCCGUAUUUAGCAGAUCCCCGCCCGAAGACCAAGGCCGAACUCUAGACUCGCUUGCAACUCGCCAUCGCAAUGCAGACUUGUCAUUUCGCGAAUACGCAAAGAGCGGUGGCGGACCGUCGUCUGCAAGUCUACCUCGGGACCCAGAAGGCUGCUCGCACGGUGCCGAAGGGCAGGCUGGGUAUGGCGCCGUCGAGACGUCUGGCAAGCAGACCGCGAAUGUCGUGCCCUCGCACGUUGACAAGGCUUCAGGCACUACUCGACCUAGCUCGAGAGAGCAAGAGACGCAAACGAAGGAUGGCAAAAGAUCCAGCAGUCCAUCCGCCGCAUCGAGAGCAUUGGAAGACGCGCAAGGUGGAACGUUUGCAUCUGCAUCCAGUCGUCCCGACCACUCCAACCCUUCCCAAGCCUUUUCCUUGUCCAGUCCGCUUGCGCGCAUCUUUUCUGGUGGUGGUGGUGGCGGCGGCGGCAGAAGAAGAGGGCGAAAUGCAGCCGUGUCACCGCUGAGGCAGGCUCGGCCUGACAAGGAUGCUGCUGCUGCUGCUGAUGCACACCAUUUCACCGAUGAGGAUGGGGAUGGCGGAGGAGCAAGCACGAGAGACCUCUUUCUCGCGCUCAGCGAGAGACUAGACCAGCAAGAAAAGAGGAGCCGAAGAAUCGAGGAGCUUCUAGUCAGCCUCGUGGAACGGCAAGCGUCGCCCGACGACGGAGAUAUUGAUCUUGCUCCCGAUGCAUCUGGCCAGCCAAAGGCGGACAAAGCUGAAGACGAAGCGCAACAGGCGUCCUCUUCGGGAUGAUGUUGGUUGCAUUCGAAUACUGCUAGCAGCUCGCCGUGGCACGUCCCCCCCAACCCCAACGACAUUGUCCAUUUGAGGCUCGGACAGCGUCACGAUGGAGGGCGGUACAAUGACA